CUUGUGUGUAGUUCCGUCGUCGUCUUUCGAUCGCGGUGCGGUGCGGUACGAUUCUUUUUUCGUCGGAAACAGCUCUUCUAGAGUGUAUUUUUUUGUGGUGCGUGGAAAAGCAGAAAGUUUAAAUCACCUUUUGGGGGAAAUCUCGCAUACGGUUUCCUGGAAAACAUAGGCACCGAGUACGAGCGCGCGCGAGUGCGUAAGGUGGAAGAAAAUCCAGCCGCGAAUUACGUCGCGAUUUGCGUUUUCUCGGGCGGUGGGAAAAUCUCGGUGUGCAUCAGAAAGGUGCAGCAACCAGCCAGCAGUGUGUGGGGUGAAAAAGAAGAAAAAAUACUGUGUGACGAGAGUGACGGACGACCGACCUCCGCCCCUCACUAUCCAGGCAGCGGUAAGAUCCGUGCGUUGCGUCGUCGUCGUCGUCCGGUUGAUCGGGAAGAAUCGAAUUUCCGAAGGUUUUUAUUUUGGGGUGCGCCGGUGUGUUGUUUGGCCCUGAACACCGUGAACGGGACAGGGCUGGCUUCUUCCGGGGGGUGGUCCGGAGGUGAAGAGAUUAGUGCUGUUGGAAGAAAGCCGGAAGUGUGCAUGUGAAUAUUUUUAGACAUACUGCAAGGUCAUCCAGUUGGUGCGGUUCUAGAAGUAACCAUCGCUGACGUCGUCGCUCGAAGUCGCCACCGCAGGAGCAGAAGCUUCCAAGAUUGGCCACCCAGAAAUACAACAACAACAUCCCCACCCGAGUUCAACCGAGUCCAGUCAGCCUAGAAGCUGCCAACUUGCAAGAUUGAUCGCACAGUAGCACCCCGACGAAUCCCACUUGGUUGGGGUGGCAACUACACGGAGGAGGAGGAUACGUUAGAUUAAUUGACUAGUAGCAGCAGUAGUAGUGGUAGCGAGGAGCCAGUAGUCGUUGGUUUCGGACACGUAUACGCAAAACUUCCCGCGGAGAUGUCGCUGUGGGCUCGCGUCAACCAGCUGCCACAGCCCGUCCUCGAGCAGAUCCGGUACAUCUAUGGCAACAGUUUUCCCAUCGAGGUGCGGCAUUACCUGGCGGAAUGGAUCGAGGACCGAUUGUUAAACGUCCCUGUCUACCAGCAUGAACAGGACAGCGCCUACGAACAGGAGGCCGCCACCUUCCUCAAUCAGCUAAUCAACGAACUCGAGCGGACGGCCAUCAACCUGCCAGAGGACAACGUCACCGGUCGGAUCCGCCUGAACGAAUCAGCUCGCAACUUCCGGCAGCUGUUUUCGCACAAUCCCGUCCAACUGUACUCACAUCUGAUCAACUGCCUGCAGCGGGAACGGCAGUGCAUAGCCUACCCGGAGGAAUGCGUCAACGUGCAGGAUCCGGAAAUCGCCGAAGUCAUCAACGGGCUCCAGCAGCUGCAGAUGCUGGUACGGGCCAACGAGAAUGAUAACCGAAACUUGGUGAAAGACUACGAGCACCUGCUCCUAGAGAUCCACGAAAUCACCAAGAACAAAGCACAGAUGGAGGGCAUCGAUAACGCUCAGCUGCGGGAACACGCCCGAGCAGCCCUGGCCCAGCAGGAACGGAACGUAAACGAAACAGUCACCCUCAUCACCGGAAAACGUCUGAACUUGGUCGACAACUUCCGCAAAACCAUCCAGCUGACUUCACAAGUGCAGGAAAAAGUCCUACACAAGUACCUGACACAGUGGAAGAUCAACCAGGGCUUCGCCGGCAACGGAGCGUCCGGCAUGAGCGCCAGCAAUCUGGACACCAUCCAGGCGUGGUGCGAGAACCUAGCCGAAAUCAUCUGGAACACCAAGGACCAGAUCCGGCUGGCGAUGAAAAACAAAUCCAAGCUCAACAUCGAGGAACCCAACUUGCCCGACUUCCUGCCCCAGUCGCUCGUCGAAGUGACCAAUCUGCUGAAGUCCCUCAUCACGACGACCUUCAUCAUCGAGAAGCAGCCACCGCAGGUGAUGAAGACCAACACCCGGUUCGCGGCAACCGUCCGACUGCUGAUCGGCAACACGCUCAACAUCCGCAUGAGCAACCCCUUGGUUCGGGUUUCGAUCAUUUCAGAAGCACAAGCACAGGCCACGCAGCAGUCCAACAAAGCGUCGGAGCAGUCGUGCGGAGAGAUCAUGAAUAAUACAGGAAACCUAGAGUACAACGAAACCACCAAGCAGUUGUCGGUUAGUUUUAGAAAUAUGCAACUGAAGAAAAUCAAGCGAGCGGAAAAGAAGGGCACCGAGAGCGUGAUGGAUGAGAAGUUUGCCCUGCUGUUCCAGUCCAGCUUCGCCGUCGGACAUGGCGAUUUGGUGUUUUCGGUCUGGACGAUCUCACUCCCGGUGGUCGUGAUUGUGCACGGCAACCAGGAGCCCCAGUCGUGGGCCACCAUCACCUGGGACAACGCCUUUGCCGACAUCAACCGAGUGCCAUUUCACGUGCCGGACAAGGUGUCCUGGAACCUGCUGGCCGAGGCCCUGAACACGAAGUUCCGUGCCUCGACCGGCCGCUCCAUGACGCCGGAGAACAUGCACUUCCUGUGCGAGAAAGCGUUCCGCGCCAGCCUGCAGUACCCGGUUUCGAACGACCUGACCAUCACGUGGUCCCAGUUCUGCAAGGAACCCCUUCCCGACCGGACGUUCACCUUCUGGGAGUGGUUCUACGCUGCGAUGAAGGUCACCCGGGAGCACCUGCGUGGCCCGUGGAACGACGGCAGCAUCGUCGGGUUCAUCCACAAAUCGAAAGCCGAAGACUACCUGCUCAAAUGCCCCCGCGGAACCUUCCUGCUGCGAUUCUCCGACAGUGAACUGGGUGGCAUCACAAUCGCCUGGGUCAACGAGAGCAACGACGGCCAGCCGCAGAUCCUGCACAUCCAGCCAUUCACGGCCAAGGACUUUGCCACCCGGUCCCUGUCGGACCGGAUCCGCGACUUUGAGGACCUGUUCUACCUGUAUCCGAACAAGCCGAAGAACGAGGCGUUCGAUCGGUACACGACACCGCCCGGACAGCCCCGCAACCGGAACUACAUCCCGUCGGAGGUGCGGGCCGUCCUCAUGCCGAGCAACAACAACCCGAUCAGCUAUCCGAACACACCGAACUCGUACGGGCAUCUGCAGUCGCCGGAUGCGUCGCGCGAUACUCCCACGAGCGGCAGUUACAAUCUGGAGAACGACCAGGUCGUCAAUCACCUGCCGUACCAACCGUUGGCCGACCUGGAGCUGGAAAACAUCGACAUGUUUGCGUCGUCGUACACCUAGAGCGUGGCGUGAGACGAGAGAAGUUGGCUGUUGGUGCACCACGCGCACAAACACAAGCACUUCACCCACACAAAAACACAUUGGACUCAAACACAUACACACAAAUGCGGCAUCGGAUGGAGUUGUGUGGUCCGACAAAAAGAAAACAAUGUGCGAUAACGAUAAUCAAAAUCCCCCCAAAUUUUAGUGUCUUAAGAGUGAUGAAAGUUGCUAGAUUUUAAGUUUUUACUUGAACGAUUUUCUGUUUUUCUGUCGUGAGUGCAAGUGUGUUUCUCUGUAUCAUGAAGUUGAUUAUCUUUUUUAUAUUUUUAUACUUCUACUUACUAUUCAUAUAUGUGUAUAGAUUUUAUGUCUCUGUCCCGCUACCCUCCAGGAAUGUAAUAUUAAGUUUGAGAAUGAGAAUGAUUCAAGUCAAUUUACGAAGAUAAGUUGCAUGCUAUUGUUUCAAUUACCAAGAAUUGCCUUAUCCUGUGGUAGUAGAGCCCAACAAAUUAUAUCGUUUAAGUUGUAGGACGAAAUGACGAACGGUUUAGUUUAGUUUUUUUAGAAGCGAUAAUCAAAAUUUGCAUUUCUCGUGUAUGUAUUGAAGUUGAUUUAAGUAUAUGUUAACGCAGUCAGAGAACACAUCCUGAGAAUAGGAAGCAAAGUGGAAUGUGAAAACAUUUAUUGGACGAAACAUAAGCUUUUAAUAACCUGAGAGAUGAAUAUAAUGGAAAAUCCAACUGAGAAAACCCUUUUCACUACCCUGUGGUUAAAGAGAAUAACAAAUGGAAAAUUAGUGUUGUGAUUGUUCUUCUUUUUGUGAUAGAGAAGUGUAUAAGUCAACCGAACAAAGAAGAAAAAUGGAAGGUGUUAUUUUACGGAAAAGUUUCCAAACCUUAAGAUAGAAAAAUUAGUCUGCAAGAGAAUUAAGCACCUUUAGCUUGUAAGACAGUAGAUAAUAAGGUGACACAUAUGAAUAAAAAUAAACAAAAAUAUAAAAACCGAGAAGCGAAGUGGAAAGGCAAAUGUGGCCGACAGGAAAUCAAACGGUUUCGUAGUUUUGAUUCUUAUAGGAAACAAAACUAAAAAAAAAAUGACAGGAUAUGAUGAUGAGCUUUAGGGGAUACGAUCUACUAAUGGAAAAUUGCAGACAGGGGAUUUAUUAAAAAGAAUUUAAAAGAAUACAUCUAACGGACACUGUUUGUUCCAUCAUUCUCGAAACAGCAUACAACGAAUUAAAUACAAGUUAUUGUAGGGUAAAAUUAACAGCGCAGUUGAAAACAAAACAUCUGCAAGCAAGCAAAACAUGUCAAUAUUAGGAGCCAAAGCUCGUCGUUUGGCAGCUGGAAAUUGUCAAAUUUUUUAUCAGUGUAAUACUUUUCAGCUACUGAAAAAAUGGUGCAAUUCAAAGUAAAAUUUCAUAAAAAAGUUUUUUUUUUUUGUUUUGUUUUGGAAAAGUUGAAACUUUAUUUUCGGCUGGCAUUUUGUCUGUUCUGUACAUCUAUGGGCUUGGAUUUCUUUUACACGCUAAGGUCAGUUUACCUAUUUUUCUAAAAUAUGGGUAAAUUUUACUUAAAUUUGCGUAAAAUUUACGCAAAUAUGGGUGAAUAAAACUCAUAUUUUGCAAAAGUGCACAUUCGCAUUUAUGGAUAAUAUUUACCCAUAUUUGGGUUACAAUUAGAUACACAUUACCCAUAUUUGAGUCUUAUUUACCUAUAUUUGAGUAUCAUUUACGCAUAUUUGCGAUUGUGCACUUUUUGGAAAAAAGGUAAACUGACCUUAGCGUGUAGAGUGCAUAUCGGUUCACAUCUUAUCACUACGAACUGCAAAUGACUGCACUGGAGCAAAAGUGUACCUUUAUUUGAGAUGAAUAGCCAUUCAAAGUUUUCUUAUGAAGCUGAUUUAAAAUCGAACUGCAUUGGAAAACAAAGUCCUACCUUAUAUUCCGUAUGUGUCUUACUGUAGCAGAAAUGUUUCUCGUUGAGAUUUAAGCGAUUGUCUUUAAAAAGUAUUCUUCGUAGAAUUAUUAUAUAGCUAAAGCAUUGUAUUGUCGUUAAAGUACGUUCACAGUAAGAGUAUGCUGAAAUAAAACAUUUAUAUACCGAAGGAAAGCCAUUCUCUGCGAUUACAUUUCUAUCAACGGCGAGUGAGAUAAAUGUUCUAUUUGUAGCACACAAACAAAAAAUCACGAAUUUCAACUAUUCCAAGAAUAGUGCCAUAAGCGAGAGGGAAGAAACCACCACACUACUAGGAUCAUCUAGCAUUUAGGCUAAUAUGUAACUGCUUCUUUCAUCCCCCUCUCUCCUGCACGUAUAAGAUGAUAUCUUAGUUUAAAUAUAUUUUAAUGAUUAUAUUCAUCGUUCGAAUCAAUGUGCAUUAUCAAUUUACAUUACUGGACGCAAAAAAAACAACCAGUUGAGACGAAAAAAAAACAGAUGGUUCUAAUUUUUAUAUUCUUACCAGAUUCGGGACAAGUAGUUAGGCCAAAAAAAGUAAAGCAAAGAAACGGUGCGCAAGAAUGGUUUGAGAAGAAAAGAUUUUUACACCACAGGAGGAUUAUUUUGAUUAGAUCAAACCUUGAUAGUUCAGUAGUAGAGUCAAAAGAAACAUAGCAGAUGAAGGAUAUUUACUCGUGACGUUUUUCAUACCCCCAGACACACAUAUGGAUAAAAAGCACUGUUGUAAACGCAAACUCAUCGGUUUCAGCGCGAGGAAAUAAUCUAGAAAUGCUUAAAGAAAACAAAUGUUAAAUAUACGAAAAAGCUCUGUAGUGCAGAGCAUCCGAUCUUCAUGAUUACAAACCAUUUCAAAGAAUUAAAAGAAAAUGUUGGUACUUAGACCACAGAAAACGUUUGACUUAAAUUAUAUAUUAUACAUAUACACAUACAAUUGAAGAUAGACGAAAGAGAACUAUGAAAAAGGUGUCAAUUUAAACGAUAAACUGGAAUGAAAAAAUCAAGUUUCUAUUUCGAUUGUGAGAAGUAUACGUUUGGCGCCUCUCGGCACGCAAAGAACCUAUAAAAGAAAUUUGUAUACCUGAUCACAAGACGAUAAAUGCAAGUUUUAUCAUUAUUCUACACACACAAACUGUUUACACAUAUACCCACGGAGAAAUAUUAAAAGAUAACUAUAAUGAAUGAAACAGAUGCAUCCCCACAUACACACAGAAUUCACAGUAGCAGAGAACAGAAUCGAUAUUUACAGCGUAGUUUGCUAUGAGCAACCAAGCAAGGCUGCAUGAUACUUACACAUGUAAAACGUGCAAACCUAGAUGAUGAAACGGAACAGUUGUAAAGAUAAUACGUCCAAAGAAACUUCCUCAGAAGGAAGCCACAAUGAUAGUAAACUUACACAAACACAUCCAAAUAUCCACUUAGAUACACGAACACCCAAAAAAGAAUAACGAACAAACACUAGCACACAAACACACAACCACACUCACACAAGAAUGCCUUUCGAGAGCCCAUUGAAACCCUGAAUGGAGGAGUGUUUCUGCAACUCUGUACACUCCAAUAUCCUCCCCAAAUACACCUGGAAGAAAACCACUCACAAACACACAUUACUGAAAAAACAGAGUUUUUUUUUUUUUGAAUCACGGCAAACCAUUGCGACGCAAACGGCGCGCAAACAACACAGGAUCCUUUUUCGCGUUGAUCGGCGGUCGAUGGACACGCGACGGACGGUGAGAAGGUUGUUAGCCGCAGAAGAAAACAAACAAAACAAAAAAAUACGGAAGGAUAAAUUUAAUUAAGCAUUGCAGAACCGAUGUGAAAACCAAGAAGAAAACAAUGUAAGAAUAAAUGUAUUGUGCUUAUUACAUAAUGAAGAAAAACUUGAAACAAA